AGCCAGCUUCAGCGGGCUGAACAUGCGAGACCUCUCGCCCCUGAAAAUAUCUGAAAUAAUGUUCGGUGAAUUGGAAGAUGCGGAUCCUUACCCUCCUCCUCCAGCACCAAAUUCACCUACUCCGGCACUUUCUUCUCAUACGUCAACAACAUCUUCUGGUCAUGCACCAAAUUCUACUUUCCUUGCACCAAAUCCUUCUAUUCUGGCACCCAACUCUUCGACCAAUGAGUUACUGUCACAUCGCAUCGCCCGUCAUCUGGCCCUUAAGACAGACGUUGUUCUCAAAAGUCAACAGCGGGGUGAACCCGAGUUAUCAACUGAAGAGAAAAUCGCCAUUGCCUUGCAAAUGAUGAUGGAGUCACCUUCUCAGUUUCUGUACAGAUUUGGUCGACAUUUACUAUUAGAACAUUUGGAACUUUUUGAAGAAUCAGCUGUGCAAGAUUCUCUGGUCGCGCAUUAUCUUGCUGAAACUCGAGCCAAACUCGACAACACGAAACACAAAACCGUUGUCCGUAAUCGACGUUGGGCUGCCGUUCAGAGAUUAAAGGACGCCUCGUUAUCCACGACCUCAUCAUCCUCUCGAACGAACCAAUCUAAUAACUUGACAGAGUUUAAUCAUGAAGAUUAUUUUAGCGAAUCUGAAAUGAAGAAAAGAAAUCCGCUACUGUACCAGCAACUUGUAGGCCAGCAUCUCACCGAGGACGAACGCCAGGCACAGAAGCAGAAUUUCGACAGAUCGGAUUGCCGAUUCACCACAAUUAUCUAUGACCACCUCGACCAAUGUUUCGAAAAAGAGUUGCAGAAAGAGCAAGAAGAGCGGGAGGACGACAUGUUUGAAGAGGAAGAAGAGUCUGAGGAGGAGGACGAAGAAGCGAUGGAUGAUGACGCUGAAGCUACGAGCUUGCAUCCUGAUCACAAAACUUUGCUUAGGGAAGAGUUCAUGUCAUCGAUGUAUCAUUCGUUCAUCUCCGGCAAGGAUGAAUCCUUCAACUACAAAGCUGUGGACGAAAACGAGGACUUGGAUUUAUUGGAGGUGGAAGCUCGUGACAAAGAAGAGGAGUAUUUCGACGAUGAGCAACCAUGUGCAGCGACUCCCAUGUGCAGCGCCCCUGAGAGCCCUGUCUUGCCACGACAUUUUCGCGAACGUGUUGAGCAGAAACAAAGUGCAAAUAUUGUGAAAGUUUGCACCGAUAACUCCCUUAUGCCAUCGAGUGAAAUGAAUCACGUUCUGACAAACGUUUUUCCUCAUGUGCAGAAUCACGAUGAAAAUUUACCGCAUGUAGAAUCAUUAACUUUGAACUAAAAUAAAUUUUCAGACUUUA